AUGUUUAAAGCACAGUUAUUUCAAGCUGCUUUGUCUAUUACGAAUUAUCUACAGAACUCCUUUUUGGAGGAACCUCGUAAUGAUUCGACUAAUCAAAAUGAAUAUCAUAAAAAAGAAAAGGAAGUCAAUUAUAACAAUCCGCCCAAUUUAUUAAAGUCUCUUUUUGACUAUGGAAGACCGUAUUUUAGGUUAGAUUACUCUCAGGCAUUAAACAACAUCCGUUGUUUGGUUUUACCCAUUGGAAAAGUGAAACAUUUGACUCCUGAUCUGUAUAUCCCUAGUAUUUCUACUUCAACUUUUAUGAUCGCAUCUUCUAUAUUGUUAUGUAUUAAAUCUAAAGGUAAAAUGACCUUUGGAGACGCUUUAUCCAAAACUCUCACAAAAUUUGUACUUGUAAAUUUAUUCGAAAUAUUAUUUCUCGGCUCUCUCCUUUAUUUCAUGUCACAUUCAAACGUAUCUGAUACUAACGAUACUAGUAAACAACAGGUUGACUAUCAACAAAAUCAAGAAGCAAUUAAUCAAGCAUACGGACACUUUGCAGGCUAUGGUAACACUUAUCAGAACCAAUUUAACGCUCAAAAUGCGGGAAACUUUCAAAGUUAUGGCAAAACAGAUAACACAAACCAAGGGAACACGACCAUGGUCCAGAAAACGAAGGUUAAGUUUCCCGAUGUGUUGUUUGUUAUAGGAUAUAAAUAUGUUUUAAUAAAUUAUUUCUUGUUUAUCACCAAUUUGAUACCAUUAAAGAUUAAUAAAAUAGUGUCAAUGGUAUAUGCUGGGAUUUCAUCUCUUAUUUUUUCAAUUAGAUCAAUUAAAUCGCUGAGAAUCUUUCAGGGGAGUCGCUCAAAUCCCUUUAUUUUCAUUUUCCCUGUUUUUCAGCCUCUAUUUUUUUAUAUUUUAUUACCAACUAAUAAAAUUUAAUAUAUUUAUAAAAUUUA